AUGGCGGCUAAAUUUGCAGUCAAAUCCUUGGACCACCUGGUUCUCACAGUGCGCUCCAUCCCAGAGACGGUGGCCUUCUACACUACCCACCUAGGGAUGCGGCACGAAGUCUUUUGCUCACCCGCCAACCCCGCCGUCCAAAGAAAUGCUUUGAUUUUCGGAAGUCAAAAAAUCAAUCUUCAUCAAUCUGGGAAAGAAUUUGAGCCUAAGGCUCAGAAUGUUCAACCUGGAAGUGCAGACCUGUGCUUUUUGACGGAUGAGAAAGUUGAGAAGGUCUUACGUGCUUUCCAGGAAGCUAAGAUCGAGGUCUUGGAGGGUGCCAAGAUUGUAGACAGGACCGGGGCCGUGGGGAAGAUUCGAAGCGUCUAUGUCAGGGAUCCCGAUGGGAACCUUAUCGAGUAUGAAGAUUUCCCAUGCUUUUCUUAUGGACAAUUCAACUAA